UCUCCUGCAGUCUAUUUUAUGGUGAAUUCCAGGACCAGGGGCUGUCUCCCCCAGGAGACCCUUUCAUACAUGACCAUGGUCCUUUAACCCAGCAGAUCCUGCUCCUCAUUGAUACAUUGUAAUCAGAUUUUAUCUGCAAGGAAGAGAGCCAUCUCACCGUCCUCCUCUCACCACCCAGAAUCUGCAGCCCCCCCAUCCAUCCUUUCUACCCCUGCCUGGCGACCGCACCGACAUCCCUCGGAGCUGCACCUUGCCUGGGUGGGUGGGGGCAAUCACUGGAUUACAAUCAGACCUCAGAGCAUGCUGCCCCCCAGGACAAGGGGGGUAAGUAUGGUCCUCCUGCACUAACCCCCCUUUCCCCGUGUGUAGGGGGGGUGGAAGGUGUCUAUUGAAAGAAUGGGAUGUGAUAGAUGCUGCUUGCUGAGAACAUGAUGGGGAUCCAGGUUUGAAACCCCACCUUUGGUGCUACAUCAGGACCCCCUCCACAAAGAAGGGCUGAUGAGGAUGGAAGGGGAGCCCCAUUUGACUGCAUGGGGGCUCAUGAGGGGCAGCUUGGAGGCUGAAGAGCUGGGGCUGCAGCAGGUGGGCCCAGCUGGAGACCUGAUCUCCCCCCAGCAGGUCAUGGGGGGCUAUUUUGUGAUGGGGCAGGAGGAAAAAGGACGUGCUGCAUCGCUGCCCAAGCUAGACGAACCGGAUGGACUGGGUGAGCUCAUAGCUGGUCCCCACCCUCUACUCUCCCAGGCUGGGGGCUCUUUGUUUGGGCCUCAAGGUUCACAGAAGGGGCAGCUUGGGGCUGGGCAGUGCCAGGCUAUGUGUGCCAGGGAGGGAGGGCUGGAGGAGGACAGGAGCAGGUUCACUCCUUUGGAUUUAACCCCUGAGUCCAGCCAGGUGUAUUCUCCCUAUUUGCUGGAACAGGUGUCUCUUUGCAAUAAUAAUAAUAACUUGCUUUCAGAGUUUAGCCAGAAUCUCCAGCCUCAGAAAGGGUCCCCCCCCAAAACCCACCUGACUUCAGAUUCCCCCCCAAUUAAUGAUACAUUAACCCCCCCUGAUAGCACUUUACCCCUGCUGAUACCCCAGCCAUCCAAUAAUAAUUCAUGGGAUUCACACCAUAUGCUGCCACUUGCUUGGGACCUGCCCCAGGAACAUGAUUUGGACACUCAGUAUUCAGAGAGUGUAACCUGUGAGACUGACCAGGACAUCUUAUUUAAAACCUGUGUGCUCCCUCACAAUGUCCUACAUUCGGUCUGUGAACCUUUCAUGUCCCCAGAGCCUGACCAGCUGUUUGUUUCUGAAUCCAGUCUGAACACAGACCCAGCAGGAGAUCUACAUUCUAAACCAAAUCAAUCUCAGCCAUCUCAUCUGCCCCCUGACCAUAUUCCCCAGUCUGAAUCGUGUUUGCCCCCAUCUGAGUCCUGCUUGCCCAGUGAUAAUGACCAGCUGCCCCUGGCUAAAUCCUGCCUGCCCCCUGACUCUGACCAGUUGCUCCUGUCUGGAGGCUAUUUGUCCCUUAGUCAGCUUCCUCAGUCUGAGUCUUAUUUCCCCCAUGCCCACCAGCCCCAGUCUCAAUUUUAUUUGCCUCCUGAUUCUAACCAGGCGCCCCUGGCACUGACCCUUCUGCCCACCAACUCAGACUUACUGCCCCUGUCUGAAUCCUGUUUGGCCCUUGACCAAUUACCUGCAUCUAAAUCCAGUGUUACCCUGUCUGAAUCCUGUUUGUCCCCUGGUUCUGACCCAGUUAUACUGUCUGAAUCCUGUUUGUCCCCUGGUUCUGACCCAGUGACCCUGUCUAAAUCCUGUUUGUCCCCUGGUUCUGACCCAGUGACCCUGUCUGAAUCCUGUUUGUCCCUUGGUUCUGACCUAGUGACCCUGUCUGAAUCAUGUUUGUCCCCUGGUUCUGAUCCAGUGAUACUGUCUGAUUCCUGUUUAUCCCCUAGCCCUGACUCAGGGCAUCUCUCUGAAUCCUACCUGCCCUCAGACUGUGACCAGCCACCUCUGUCUGAAUCCUGUUUGACCCCAGACCAUUUCCCACUGUCUGAAUCCUGCUUAACUCCAGACUCUGACCCAGGGACCCUCUCUGACUCGUAUUUGCACACCAACUCUGACUCAGUGCUGCUGCCCCAGCCUUGUUUAGUCCCUCACUCUAACCCAGGGUCCCUCUCGGGAUCCUCAUCUCACAAUGACUCUGAUCCAAGGCCCCCCUCGGGAUCUUCAUCUAACAGUGACUCUGACCAAGGUCCCCUCUCUGACUACACCAACUCUGACUCAGUGCCCCAGCCUUGUUUAAUCCCUGACUCUGACCCAGUCUCCCACUUGGGAUCCUCAUCUAACAGUGACUCUGACCAUGGUCCCCUCUCUGACUACACCAACUCUGACUCAGUGCCCCAGCCUUGUUUAAUCCUGGACUCUGACCCAGGCUCCCGCUUGGGAUCCUCAUCUAACAGUGACUCUGACCAAGGUCCCCUCUCUGACUACACCAAGUCUGACUCAGUGCCCCAGCCUUGUAUAGUCCCUGACUCUAACCCAGGGUCCCUCUCGGGAUCCUCAUCUCACAAUGACUCUGACCAAGGGCCCCUCUCUGACUACACCAACUCUGACUCAGUGCCCCAGCCUUGUUCAAUCCCUGACUCUGACCCAAGGCCCCCCUCGGGAUCUUCAUCUAACAGUGACUCUGACCAAGGCUCCCGCUUGGGAUCCUCAUCUAACAGUGACUUUGACCCAGGGCCCCUCUCGGGAUCCUCAUCUCACAGUGACUUUGACCCAGGGUCCCUGUCGGGAUCCUCAUCUCACAGUGACUUUGACCCAGGGUCCCUCUCGGGAUCCUCACCUCACAGUGACUCUGACCCAGAGUCCUUGUCUGAGUCACGUUUGGUCCCUGAUUCUGACCAAGGCUUCCUGUCUGAAUCAUGUUUGACCCCAGCCUCUGACCAGUUGUCCCUCUCAGAAUCCAGUCUGACCCUUGACCCACAACCCCUGUCUGAAUCCGGAGUGGCCCUUAAGGCUGAAUUCCCAACUGAACUAUGCCAGGAACCUAAUACAGAAAAACAGGUUGGUUUAUAUUUAAACCCAAAUCCAGUCAUUCCCUUUGAAUCUAAAUUCAACCAUAACCCAGACGAGUUCCCCUUUUCUGAAUAUGUUCCAAGCACUGGUUCGGCCUGUCUUCCUGUAUGUAAACAUGAAAUGCCGCCUGAACUUGGCAACAUGUCUAUAUUUGACUCAUUUUUGUAUUCUGAAAAUGACGGCUUAGUUUCUGUUAAAUCUAGUUUAAUAUCUGACUCUGGGGCAGGGCCCCUGACUGAAACUAGGCCAAUUAAAUCUGAAGAUCUACCAUUAGUCUUUGCAUUGCCCCUUAAAAUGGACCAACAACCCCAAUCUGAUUUCUGUUUGUCCCCAGAAUCUGAGCUGUUUCGUGGUUUUAAGCAGCUAGCACUGUCUGAAUCUAGUCUGGUCCCUGACACUGAGCAUCUAGUACUGUCUGAAUCUAGUCUGACCCCUGACAAUGAACAGCUAGCACUGUCUGAAUUAAGUUUGGCCCCUGACACUGAGCAGCUAGCAUUGUCUGAAUCUACUUUGACCCUUGACACCGAGCUGCUUGCACUGUUUGAAACUGGUUUAAAAAAUUACUCUAUGCACCAAUUUGUAUCUGAUUUGGCAUCUGACACCAACCCACUAGUCCUAUCUAAAGCUGCUCUGGCCCUUGACAAUGAGCAGCAAGCACAGUCUAAAUCUGGUUUGACCCCUGACAAUAAUCAUAUAGCCCUGUCUGAAUCUGGUUUAUCUCCUGAUACUGAUCAACUAAACCUCCCUGAAUCUGGUAUAGCUCUUGACACUGAUCCACUAACCCUCCCUGAAUCUGGUUUGGCUCCUGAUACUGAUCCACUAACCCUCCCUGAAUCUGGUUUAUCUCCUGACACUGAUCAACUAACCUUCCCUAAAUCUGGUUUGGAUCCUGAUACUGAUUUACUAACCCUCCCUGAAUCUGGUUUGGCUCCUGAUACUGAUCCACUAACCCUCCCUGAAUCUGGUUUGGCUCCUGAUACUGAUCCACUAACCCUCCCUGAAUAUGGUUUGGCUCCUGAUACUGAUCCACUAACCCUCCCUGAAUAUGGUUUGCCUCCUGAUACUGAUCUACUAACCCUCCCUGAAUCUGGUUUGGCUCCUGACACUGAUCCACUAAGCCUCCCUGAAUCUGGUUUGGCUCCUGAUACUGAUCCACUAACCUUCCCUGAAUCUGGUUUAGCUCUUGACACUUAUCCACUAACCCUCCCCGAAUCUGGUUUGGCUCCUGAUACUGAUCCACUAACCUUCCCUGAAUCUGGUUUGGCUCCUGAUACUGAUCCACUAACCCUCCCCGAAUCUGGUUUGGCUCCUGACACUGAUCCACUAACCCUCCCCGAAUCUGGUUUGGCUCCUGAUACUGAUCCACUAACCCUCCCUGAAUCUGGUUUGGCUCCUGAUACUGAUCCACUAACCCUCCCUGAAUCUGGUUUGGCUCCUGAUACUGAUCCACUAAGCCUCCCCGAAUCUGGUUUGGCUCCUGAUACUGAUCCACUAACCUUCCCUGAAUCUGGUUUAGCUCUUGACACUGAUCCACUAACCCUCCCUGAAUCUGGUUUGGCUCCUGAUACUGAUCCACUAACCCUCCCUGAAUAUGGUUUGGCUCCUGAUACUGAUCCACUAACCCUCCCUGAAUCUGGUUUAGCUAUUGACACUGAUCCACUAACCCUACCUGAAUCUGGUUUGGCUCCUGUUACUGAUCUAUUAACCCUCCCUGAAUCUGGUGUGGCUCCUGAUACUGGUCCACUAACCCUCCCUGAAUUUGGUUUGGUUCCUGAUACUGGUCCACUAACCUUCCCUGAAUCUGGUUUAGCUCUUGACUCUGAUCCACUAAGCCUCCCUGAAUCUGGUGUGGCUCCUGAUACUGGUCCACUAACCCUCCCUGAAUUUGGUUUGGUUCCUGAUACUGAUCCACUAACCUUCCCUGAAUCUGGUUUAGCUCUUGGCUCCGAUCCACUAAGCCUCCCUGAAUCUGGUUUGGCUCCUGAUACUGAGCCACUAACCCUCCCUGAAUCUGGUGUGGCUCCUGAUACUGAUCCACUAACCCUCCCUGAAUCUAGUUUAGCUCUUGACACUGAUCCACUAAGCCUCCCUGAAUCUGGUUUGGCUCCUGAUACUGAUCCACUAACUCUCCCUGAAUCUGGUUUGGCUCCUGAUACUGAUCCACUAACCCUCCCUGAAUCUGGUGUGGCUCCUGAUACUGAUCCACUAACCCUCCCUGAAUCUGGUUUGGCUCCUGAUACUGAUCCGCUAACGCUCCCUGAAUUUGGUUUGGCUUCUGAUACUGAUCCACUAACCCUCCCUGAAUCUGGUUUGGCUCCUGAUACUGAUCCACUAAGCCUCCCUGAAUCUGGUUUGGCUCCUGACACUGAUCUACUAACCCUCUCUGAAUCUGGUUUAUCUCCUGAUACUGAUCCACUAACCCUCCCUGAAUCUGGUUUGGCUCCUGAUACUGAUCCAUUAAGCCUCCCUGAAUCUGGUUUGGCUCCUGAUACUGAUCCACUAACCCUCCCUGAAUUUGGUUUGGUUCCUGAUACUGAUCCACUAACCCUCUCUGAAUCUGGUUUGGCUCCUGAUACUGAUCCACUAAGCCUCCCUGAAUCUGGUUUGGCUCCUGACACUGAUCUACUAACCCUCUCUGAAUCUGGUUUAUCUCCUGAUACUGAUCCACUAACCCUCCCUGAAUCUGGUUUGGCUCCUGAUACUGAUCCAUUAAGCCUCCCUGAAUCUGGUUUGGCUCCUGAUACUGAUCCACUAACCCUCCCUGAAUUUGGUUUGGUUCCUGAUACUGAUCCACUAAGCCUCCCCGAAUCUGGUUUAUCUCCUGAUACUGAUCCACUAACCCUCUCUGAAUCUGGUUUGGCUCCUGAUACUGAUCCACUAAGCCUCCCUGAAUCUGGUGUGGCUCCUGACUCUGAUCAGCAAUGUCUGUCAAAAUUUGGUUUGACCAUUGACACUGAAUCUUGUCUAACCACUGGCACUGAGCAACUAUCCCGGUCUGCAUCCUGUUUGACCCCUAAAACUGAUCAGUUAGAAAUAUCCAAAUCAUGUUUGGCUCCAGGCAGUGAUUACAAAGUAUUGUCUGAAUCUAGUUUGGCCUCUGACUUUGAUCAGCUAGCACUGUCUGAAUCUGGUUUGACUCACUACACUGACCAUAAAGUCCUGUCACAAUCUGAUUUAGCUGAUGACAUUGAGCAUCUCAUACCUUCCGAGUCUUGUGUUGCCCCUUACACUACGCACAUGGUCCUGUCUGAAUCUCGUUUGACCCCUGACAGUGGUCAGCUAAUAAUGUCUGAACCUGGUUUGACCAGUGACACUGAUUCAGCAGACAUGUAUGGAUCUGUUGUUGCUCCUGGCACUGAUCAGCAAGCAAUUCUUGAAUCUAGUUUGUCCUCUGACACUGAAUCUGAAUUAGGAUCUUAUAUUGACCAGUUUGAAUCUAAUUUGGAACCAGAGAAUGAUCUGGAAGACCCAGGUGACUCUGGUUUGACCCCUGAAAUUGAUUGGCUAGCCCAAUCUGAAUUGGCUUUGGCCCUUGACACUGAAUUGGCUUUGGCCCUUGGCACUGAAUCUGUUUUGAGUUCUGAUUCUGAGAAUCUAUCACAAUCUGAAACUGAUUUAGUCACCAAUAAGCUAUCUUUGCCGGAAUCUAGUUUGUCUCCUGACACUGAACUUCUAGCCCAGCCUGGAGCUGUUGUAAACACAGAUAGGCCACCACUAUCUGAAAAUGUUUUGUCCUAUGAAGAGGUACACAUGUCAGAAUCUGAUUUGGUCCCUAAUCACGAGUUUUUGGCUGAAUUUGGCAUUAUUUUAGACACAAAACAAUUAACCACCACCAGACUUAGCUCAGUCCCCGAUGAUGAACAACUACCCCAGGCUAAAUCGGCCUUAACGCAAAUAACUACUGGACUGCCACUGUAUGAAUCUGACUUGACAUCUGGCACUGAUAAUCCCACAGCAGUAUGGGCUUUUACCCAUGACCCUAACCAACUGCCCUUUACAAAAUUGGACUUGACUGAUGAAAAUGAACAUCCACACUUUGUUCAAUAUGGUUUGACACCAGACACUGAAAGUCCACUUUUAUCUCAACCUGUUUUGACCUCUAGUAAUGUAGAGUUUUCCUCCUCCAAAGUCUGUUUAUCUUCUGAGCCUAACCAUUAUUCCCUUCCUGAAUGUUAUUUCACUCCUGUCGAUGAGAAGCUGCCUUUGUCUGAUAUUUGUUUGUCCACUGUAACUAAACAUCAACUCCAGCAUCAACCCGGUAAGCUGAUUAAUGCUCACCCAGCAGAACCCACCCUUUCUGGAUAUUGUGUUACUGGUGACAAUGUUUGUGUGCCUGAGUCUGAGUGGUUUCGAAAUGAAGACUUGCCCCAGACACAUCUCCCAUUGACCAAUGAAACUGAGAAGUUUUCCUUAGAUGAAAGUGGUUUCCCCCCUAACCAGUUCCCUCAAAUAGAGCUUUCCUUGACCCCGUACACAGAGAACCUACCCUUAUCUGAGUUGCAUUUGCCUCCUAAAACUGAUCAACUGCCUCUAGUUCAACAUCUUCUAGACUGUGCUCAGGUACCAAUAUCUAGUACCAGUUUACUUGAAAACUGUGAAAAUGAGGAGCAGUUCUUACCUAAUGAAAGAGCAAAACAAAACCCCUUCAAGGUGCACCAGAUUGAACUUGGUUUCUCGCCAAUGUCUGACAUUUUCACUAGUUUAUCCCCAGAAACACGUGAGUUGGGUUGCUACGAGGAAGAUCUGUUUUCACUAUUUUGUUCUGAUACAACUCAGGAACUCAACCUGUCCUCAAGCACUGACCACCUAACCCUAUCGGAGGACUUCUUAUCACUUACUGAAGUGUUUACGCACUUCGAAGCUGAUGUGUUAAAUCAACAGGAUGAAAAGGAAGAUCAAGUCGGUGACCAAAACAGCCAGUUAAGCACGCGUACAGUGGACCAAACAUGCAGAGCUGAACAGUUAGACUUUUCCGAGUUCGAUCCAGUUUGUAGAACUGAACAACUACUGGAGUCUCUCAAUGAAAAUACUUCAAAUUCCAAGACAGACGUACUUGUUGAAAGCAUCAGUUUUCCUUUUGACCAGUCAUGUACAUUCGUUAAAACCAAACAGUCUACUGGAGAUAAUUUUGAAGAUUGUUUGACUCCAGAUUGUGUUGAUUCCAGUUUUGAAUGUCUUAGUACAGAGACUGAUGAGACACCCUACCUUUAUUUGGAAUUUCUGUUUGACCCUGACAGAUUACCCCAUGAAGAAGAUAAUGUAUCAUUUUGCAUUAAUCACACGCAAAUACCUCCAUCAAGUUUGGAUUCUUCAUCUGAAAAUAUUGAGUUACCAUCUUCUAACGUAACGGAUUACUUGUCGGUUUGCAGAUUGAAUGUGGAAAAUGAACAUUUGCCUCUCUCUUUGUCUGGCUCCCAAAUGAACUCUGGAUUUUUAUCACUCUCUAAAAUUGGCUCACUUGUUCAGCAUCCCUUAUUGCCAAUAGCUAGCCAACUCUCCCCUGCAAAUCUUUGCCCUGAGGACUUCCCAAUAUCUCAAACUCUAUCGGAUUCUUCCCUUGACUCGAGCCAAAUGAGUCAAUCAAACUUUAAAUCACCAAUUCAAAUAAACCAAUCACAAUUAGGUUCUCUCAAUGAAAACAGUCGAUUGCCUCUAAUUGUUGUUACAGAUCCCUUAGAUGAGUCGAGUCAAUUCAACCAGGUACAUUCCUUAGAUCCAAAGGAGAACAUGACACAAUCUUUGGAGACAUUUCUUCCUGAAUCUGGUGAGUGCCCCAAACCACAAAUAGAUGUUCCCCUUGUACCUGACCUUUUGCCUCCAUGUGACAUUAUAGAACAACUGCCCUUGCUACGUUCUGUCAUACCUCAAGAAACAAAAUAUCUACCGCCAACUCAAGCAAAGUCGCAGCUUGAUGAUGAUGAUAACUUUUCUCCGUGUGACCUAGUGGAUCAGUCUCCCCAAUCUCAGACAGUGGUACCUUACGAAGAAAGUAAGUUGACCCCAACUAGCGCUCCUGUUAAGUUGUCACUAUCUUUUAUUAGUUCGACCUAUGAAACUGACACUUUACCCUCCUGUGAGGUCACUGGACAACAGCCCAUUUCAACCCAUGACUCUUCUGCUCCUUCGACUGAAGAGUUGGUCUGUGACCCAGGCUUGGGGUUCCCGUUGGACACUGACUCGUCUUGUCUUGGAGAGGAAGUGCUACGUCUCAGAGCUGUGUUUGACGCUCUGGAUAGAGAUAAAGAUGGAUUUGUGAAGAUGGAAGAUUUUGUGCAGUUUGCCACGGUGUAUGGCGCAGAGCAGGUAAAGUACCUCACCAGUUACCUUGAUCCGGCUGGGCUUGGAGUUAUAAAUUUUCGCGACUUCUAUCGAGGAAUCUCGGAGAUCCAAAAUGAAGAUCUUGACCUGCAACUUUACGACAUGGGCUAUCCGUCCGAGGAGGAGCCGGCCUGCUCCGUGGACUUUGAUGACCUUGCAGCGUUUGAAGUAACGGAAGUUACAGACAGUGCCUACGUGGGUUCGGAGAGUGCGUACAGUGAAUGUGAGACCUUCACAGAUGAGGACACUGGAGCGUUGGCUGCACAGGAAGACCCUGAAACAGAAGGCGAUGGAGGGGUACAUCAAAUGCACCCCAGGACACCGCCGGAGGGUUUGGAGAUCUCUCUUUGCGACAUUUCCGUUGUCACCGCGAACAGCCAGGAGGAACAGUUUGAGGAUUUCGGUGAAGGAGCAGAACCAGAUAUCUAUAGCAGCCAGUGUGAUGAAGAGGAGGAAAACAGCCUUCCCCAGCCAGUCUGCAGCUCCUCCAGGCUUAACUCCAGUGGUGCCCCCGUAUCAGAACGCAAGCUUCUAGCGCCACCUCAGUGCACAUCCGGAGGCGGCUUGUACUGUAGCCAGUGCCACAAACAUGUUAAUCGUCUGGAAGAUCUGUCCACCCGCCUCCGAUACUUAGAGAUGGACAGCCCCGAUAAAAGGCCUUCCAGCAGAAAGGAAGCCAGACGGCUACAUAACAGCAGCUUCUUGGCGGAGGAUACAAUGGAGAGACAUCCCACAGACCUGUCUUAUGAUGAGACGGACCUCACAGAUAAGGUUCUGUACUUGGAGCAUAGAGUGACCGAGCUGGAACGUGAAGCCAGCACCACUGGGGAACAGCAAAAUCGUCUCCGGCAAGAAAACCUGCACUUAUUACAUAGAGCGCAUGCUUUAGAGGAGCAGUUGAAAGAUCAGGAACUAAGAUCAGACGAGGUCCAAAAUGAGGAGACGCGUAAACACAGGGACGAGCUGCGGAAGAUGGAACGGGACCGUGGGUUCGAAAUGAGCAGCCUGAAAGCACGAGUGCAGGAGCUGGAAGCGGAGAACUUCGAACUCCGAUCUCAACUGCCGACUGCCAAGGCUACAACGCAGAGGCUGGAAGAGGAGAACCAGAAGCUGAAAGAUCAGGUCGAAGAACUGCGGCAACAAGUAAAAGAAAAUAAGGAACUUAACCAGAAACUCGGUGGAAGACUUAACAAAGAAAAGCACAAACAGCAGAGUGAGAGGGAACGAUCACAAGAGGUGAUUGAGGAGCUUCGCCGGGAACUUGAACAGAUGCAACUGAUGCGACUUGAAAUGGAACACCGCCUGGGGCUGGGAAAUAGCGCCGCCCUGCAGGAAUAUAACAGCCGAACUCGGGAAACUGAGCUAGAGCAGGAAGUGCGAAGACUUAAACAGGAGCAACGAACCCUGAAGGACCAAAAUGAGGAGCUGAAUGGCCAGAUAAUUAACCUCAGUAUCCAGGGAGCCAAAAACCUUUUCUCCACCACGUUCUCUGACUCCUUGGCAGCGGAAAUCAGCAGUGUUUCCAGAGAUGAGCUCAUGGAAGCCAUUCAGAAACAGGAAGAAAUCAACCUUCGACUGCAGGACUAUAUUGACCGCAUAAUCGUGGCCAUCAUGGAGACCAACCCUGCCAUCUUGGAAGUGAAAAUUCAUUAGCACCAUGUGUUCUCUAAGAAAGUGGGGACAAUUGCCAAUGAUCUUUAAAUCAGAGGAGGCAGAUCUGGGCCCUGGACACGUUGGACUCUUGCCAAUGCACCACGCUUAGACAUUUUGUGAAGAUUAUCACGCCGGACAUGUACAGUGUACCUGGCCCUCUCAGCAGAGGAAGAAAGAUGGGCAUCUACACCUCCUAUACUUAAAUGGUGUCCUCGCAUCCACCACAUGAAGAAAUUGUCUUGUAACACGUUCUACCUGUCACACAGGGACACCAAAUACCCUCGGUAUACUCUAUGUACCGGGGCUCCAAAUGAUGCACACACUAAAUAUACCAGGGACCCCAACCCGGGUGCCUUUCUCUCUCCUGUUAUGAGAAACUGAAGGUGCAACUCACUGAUUCAGUGGGAUUACUGUAUAUUGCCACCUACUGGCGGAAAAUGAGAAUGUUCACCACAGUCAAACAAAUGUGUUUUUGUUUUUUUUAUUGUACAUGUGUAAAUUGGAGAACCUAUUUCAGAAAUAUUAUCUAGGAAGUCUGUAUAUAGCAUUACAUCAUUACACAGGUGUGGGUAUGUCUGCUUGUAUAUAUACAUAUAUAAUGUCACAAAAUGUGCAUAUUAUAUCUGUAUAUAUCAUAUAUACCCCAGAUUGCACUAUAGCUGUAGAAUACACUCUGUAUAGAACACAAAUGGCUAACCUUUAGCAUUGCAGUUGUGAUUUUCUUUGCUCUUAUCCUAAGCCUCAUGGUAAAUCUUCCCAGUUGCUGGUUAUUUGCAGCUUUUUAAAA